AGCACAGAUGUGAUGAUGGAUGCAGUAGAGCCAGACAGAAGGGUUUCUCCUCUGAAGAACUUUGUGGCUGGAGGGGUCGGUGGGGUCUGUCUCUUAUUCACUGGACACCCGCUGGACACUAUCAAGGUCCGUCUGCAAACACAGGAAUGUGUUGUCUACAGAGGAACAUAUGACUGCUUACGAAAGACUGUGUCCAAAGAGGGAAUAUUUGGCCUGUAUAAAGGUAUGGGUGUCCCACUAGCCGGUGUUACCCCAAUGAUGGCUUUGAAUUUCUUUGGCUUUGGGCUGGGAAAGGAACUUCUGCAAAGUGACCGCACAGUACCAAUCACGAACACACAGAUCUACUUGGCGGGGAUGCUGGCAGGAGUAUUCACCACUGUGAUCGUGGCCCCGGGCGAGAGAAUCAAGUGUUUACUUCAGAUCCAGUCCUCGGCCAGUCAGCUGAAGUACGCUGGACCAGUGGAUUGUGCACUGAGACUUUAUAAGGAACAGGGAAUUCGCAGUGUCUACAAGGGCACUGUUCUUACUCUAAUCAGAGAUGUGCCUUCAAAUGGUGUAUACUUUCUAACUUAUGAAUACUUAAAACAGUCUCUGACCCCGGAGGGAGAGUGUGUUCAUCAUCUCAGCACAUCCAGAGUUCUUCUCGCAGGUGGGAUUGCUGGCAUGUUAAACUGGCUGAUUGCUCUGCCUGCAGAUGUGCUUAAGUCAAACUACCAAACAGCCACAGACGGGCGUUACCGGGGUUUGAGAGAUGUGUUAAAAACACUGUUACGGGAGGAAGGAGCCCAUGCUCUCUACAAAGGCUUGAGCGCAGUCAUGUUACGAGCAUUUCCUGCUAAUGCGGCUUGUUUUCUAGGCUUUGAGGUUGCGCUAAAGUGCUUAAACUACAUUGCUCCAGACUGGUGAUUUCACAGUUACGACUGAUACGACUGAUAUUUGAAUACCAUUUUUUUU